CUUGUACUUCAAAGGUCACUGCGAUCUUACUUUUUACUAUCUUAAGUCAAGUGAAGAUAUCUGUCAAUACGUUUUACCAGGACAGGAACAUGGCUCCUGUAUGUGGCAUUAUACCGGAAUAUAUACUGCAGGGUAUUAUUCGAAAAGGGUUGGUACCACAGCAUGUUAUCAAUCAGUGUCAAUCUACUAUUGGAAAAAUCAAGCAACUGCAGGAUGUCCGCAUAAGUCACAGAGAGAGUAUCGCGGCAGCUCCGCGGCAACGAACCUCUCAAGGUAUUAUUCCUCCUUAUAUCCUUGAGUCACUUUCUCGGAACGCAGCAACAGAACAGCAACGCGAGGCGGCCCGCCAGACACUUGCUCAUAGCACUAAAUAUCGAACAGAUACAACAACUACACGCCGCCCGAACCGUACAGUCUAUGAUGCGCAAAAUUCACGUGCUGAUUUUCCUCCUCGUAACAAGGUACUGAUCCGUGAGGGUGGUCCGCUACUCACCCUUGAGCAAGAUCCGACUAAUAAUGCGAAUGAGUGCUAUAAUGGCUUUGGAAGGACCUAUGAUUUCUACUUCAGUUUCUUCCAGAGAGAUUCCUUUGAUAAUAAGGGUAUGAAGCUUGAUGGCUUUAUACAUGCUGGAGACUUCUAUAACGCUUUCUAUAAUGGCAGAGAAUUUGUCUUUGGCGAUGGAGAUGGAGUGAUCUUUGAUGGCUUUACAGACGAGCUCGAUGUUAUUGCUCAUGAAGUUACCCAUGGCGUGGUGGAGUAUAUAAGUCCACUCCCUUAUGAAUUCCAGAGUGGAGCUCUUAAUGAGUCUAUUGCAGAUGUCUUUGGUAUUAUGGUUAAGCAAUGGGGUGAAGGCACCCCUCAGACUGUUGACCAGGCCAACUGGCUUAUUGGAGAGGGAAUCUUCGCUGCAGGUGUCAAUGGCAAGGCUCUCCGGGAUAUGGCGAAUCCUGGAACAGCUUAUAAUGAUGAUAGAGUGGGAAAUGAUCGUCAGCCUGCACACUGGAGGGGUUUCAAGAACCUCCCCUUCAGCGACGAUAAUGGAGGCGUUCACGUCAACUCUGGCAUCCCUAAUCGUGCGUUCUAUCUUGCAGCUACUAAGAUUGGAGGAUAUGCGUGGGAAGGUGCUGGUCCUGUCUGGUACCGCGCUCUGAGCAGUGGUAAGCUCCUCACAAAUGGCAAAGCUAAAUUUAAAGACUUCGCCGAUCUCACAAUUGAGAAUGCUGGCGUGCAUGUGGAUAAGGUCAGGGAAGCUUGGGAACUUGUCGGAUAUCCAUUUCCUGAUAAGAGGAAUAAGCUGUGAUGAUCAUCGAAAUGAUCCUGAUUACUGUGCUUAGAAGUCCGAAAUCUUUUUUGUUCAAAAGGUCUGUUAUUUCAUGGUCGUAACCCAGGAACUCGCCCGAUUAAUCAUACCAGAUUUACUCAAUUCCCGUGCUCGGGUCUUCUAGUUGUAGACUAUUAUAUCUGUCAUAUUGGUAUUCCAAUGCUGGUAUCGACAUCACAACGGUUUUGGUGUCGUGCAGCAUGAGGGCGGCCUUGUAAGGGACUCAGUUGAAUCAAUAGUUGAUUAGGUAGUCUAUCACGAAGAGACUAAGCUAAAGAGAGGAAAAGAGAAGAAAACAUUAAGCUAUCAUAUUGCACUGCCCUUAUAGACGAAGAAUCAUAUCACUCCAACGUAUUCACUGAUUGCUUAAACCUCUAUCCGUGACAGACCUAACAGCAACAGUCUUCUCUUGACUAGCUGCAAUGAUCGCGCAAGUAGUUAGUCUUGAAACAUGACAUCUUCCUUCAAUUCUGUCAGUUAUUCUUCAUCAAAAGUAUAAAGCUAGUACUAAAGAGGUAGUUGAGCAGACAUACAGUAAACCUUUCCGUCCCAAAGUAACUACAGAUCAUAGUAGCAAAGGAAUUACUCU